UUUGAGACGUCAUAUAACAGCGACAAGUGAUAGGAAGCUAGCGUUUGUUUAUCGAGCUUCCAAGCUAGUUACGUUUGUCACCCAUACACAAAUACUAUCGUCGAGACUUUUUAAAUGUUCAGUGCAAAGAUGGCAGUAUUUCUGAACACUUCAUAAUGGCACACAAAUCUGUGGUUCCUGUGCUGAAUGAUAUCAGACCUUCCUGGAUAGGAGCUCUCUGAACGGAGACAGAAUGGGUCAGCAGCUCUCCAGUCAAACGCAAACGGUCAUUAACAGACUGCCGGAGAAGGUGGUGAAACACGCAGGGCUGGUGCGGGAGAGCGGCUACCUCACCUACGACGAGUUCCUGGGAAGGCUAGCAGAACUAAACGACGUAACUGCAAAACUGGCAGCUGGACAACAGAAGCAUCUGCUUUUUGAAGUCCAACCAGGCACAGACACGUCUGCUCUUUGGAAAGUUGCUGUGCGAAUAGUUUGUACGAAAAUCAACAAAGAGGAUGGCAUGGUUGAGGCCUCACGCAUUAUGAACCUGUACCAGUUCAUUCAACUGUACAAGGACAUCACCAGCCAGGCGGCAGAGGUGCUGGCAGCAGAGGGCGCCACCGAGGGGCCCUCGGGGCAGCUGUCCUCGGUGGACUCCUGCCAGGCCAGCAUGUGGAUGGGCAGGGUGAAGCAGCUGACAGAUGAGGAGGAAUGCUGCAUCUGCAUGGAUGGGAAAGCCGACCUCAUCCUGCCCUGUGCCCACAGCUUCUGUCAGAAGUGCAUCGACAAAUGGAGUGACCGUAGUCGGAACUGCCCCAUUUGCCGCUUGCAGGUGACUGCGGCCAACGAGUCUUGGGUCAUGUCUGACGCCCCUACCGAAGAGGACAUAGCGAGUUACAUUCUUAACCUCGCCGAUGAGGCGGGCCACCCACACAGACCUUAAGCUUAGCUAGGGAUACUAAUCAUUUAAAUGUUUUGCAAAUGCAGUGAUCAGUUAUGUUUUUUGGGUACAGCUGACAGUGGUAGUCUUUUCAAAGUGCAAAAUCAGUUUUUUCAAAACAAUUUCAGUGAAAGAAAUCUGAGUCAGGGUUAUGACCCAGCAUUUCACGAAAGUGUGUAAGUUGCAGAUACACGUCUGUUAAAAUGUUCAUCAAAAGUAUUGAUUGUGCUUUUAGGUUAAGUUCACCGUUUAACGAUUAGGUGAAGACAACCAAAAAAAGGAUUCUGUUCAAAAAUGUGUACAAUAAUACAUUUACAGUUUUACAGGCUACUGAAUUUAAUAACUAUUAACUUAAAAUUCUUAACUUAAAACAGUUGCGCUUUGUUUUAUAAAGAAUGAUUAAAUUGUUAAAGCUGUUAAAGUCGGCACCUUAAACCUGGAUAUGCUUCUCUUUUGAGACAGUUUGUCUUUUUGAUCUUUUACUGUGACAGCUUGCUCACAAGCAAUAGCACUACUGAUAGAUUUCUUGUAGUUCUCAUCUUGAAUCACUCAGUUAUUCUAUUCUCAGAAGAUAUUUUUAUUUCUUAGAUUUUGUUUUCUGACUGUGAAAUCAUAAUGACUUUGCACUAUACUGACCAAAAAUGGCAUUUAUGAGGACAAAUGGAUUUAGUUUCUGUGGUUCAGGAGCUGACCAUUUGCUGUUAGGGGCAAACUCAUCAGAUUUGAGACAAACGUUUUUAAAAUAUCGGCUAACCUGUCAUGAAGUACACAAUGCUCUGUGUGGAUGUGGACUGGAGAAAUGGGGCAGCUAGCCACAUCAGAAGUAAUGUGAUCCUUAAUUCAGGCAUGCUAUAGGCCUGCUCAAUUUUAAUAAUAGUAAAUCAUGCCUCAGUUCCGUUUUGAAAGAGCCAGU